UACAACGCGGUGAUAAAUAUAAACAAAAAAUAUAAGUGGAACUAUAUAUACAUAUAUCUAUAUGUGUGUGUGUGUUUAUAGUCCCUUCCUCGAAGAAAGUAUCAAACCCUAAAUUGAAAGAGAGUUUCUGAAAGUCAUGGGGAACGACAAUGGUAAGAUGACUUACUCUUUCGAGAUAGACAAGUUCUCCCAAAGGACUACUGUAUUUUCGACUCCUAUAUUCUCAACCGGAUCCUGCAACUGGUAUGUUAACUUAUAUCCCAAGGGAGAUAUGAAUACUAGUAAAAAUAUGUCUCUGUGGCUAAGAGUUCCAGAUCCUCUCUUACGGCCUUUGUCUUGGUCGAGACGGACGUCGUUUCGCUUCGUCAUUGUCAACCCAUCAAACGUUAACAGUUCCCGAACCCUCAUAUCUGCUAACUACAUCUUUAACAAGGUAAUGCAUAGCGGGGGUUUUAGAACGGACUUGAGCCUUUCCAAACUUCAAGAGAAAAAAAUAGAGCAACUCAUUGAAGAUGGUCUAAGAAAAGUGGUCUUAGUACCGCUGCGGACUCAGCUUUUUGUGGCUCCACCUCUUUCCUCGUACCUGCAGAAGAGGUAGAUGGGAUUAUGGUCGACAAAAAGACCGUUUUGUUCGAAGAAUCAAUUCGAAUUCCUUUCACAUCUCAUGGUAUGUUGGUUCUGUUUCAUCACACCAUACAAUCUCUUAUCUGUUUUUCUAUGAAUGUAGAAUGUGUGUGUGUUGUUCUCUUCUUUCUCUAGACUGAGGCAAUGCCCCUUUUUUUUAACAGAAGUUUUGACCA